AACUCUCUCCCUUUAAGAGGCAGCCUACAGUGACGACUCAUUGAAAAUGGCAUUCCAGUAUAAAUUUAUUGUUCCACCUCCUCUCAUCUUCACUUCUCCCUCUCUUCUCUUCAUGUUCGCAUCCACCCCGGGCUGGAGAAGGGGGGGUUCAACUACAGAAAAAAAAAAAGCGCUUGGACUACUUCAGCCGGCUUCUGCGCUCAGACGCGCGUCUGUUCUGCGUCUGCCUCCCCUGGACCAGCCACUAAAGGCGCAGAAUUGCAUCCAGUCUGUGAAAGUCGAGUGGCAGAGACGUGCUGAGCAAGUUGUAACAUCCAUUGUAUAGAGAGCUGGCAGUUUGCAGCUAUUCAUUGUAUAGAGAGCUGGCAGUUUGCAGAUAUUCAUUGUAUAGGGAGCUGGCAGUUUGCAGAGAUACAUUGUAGGAAGAGCUGGCAGUUUCGCAUCCUUGAGAUACAUGGUAAGAGGAGCCGGGAGUUCGCAGCCUUAGUGCGACUCUGUAGCAGUCUGCUGAUGCCGGGGAGGAAGCACAGGGCAGACACAAUCCGCUGCUCAGGAACAAAGUUUUGACCGGUUCCUGCUUCUGUUGACAUUUUUAUUUCUGAGGCUGAUUCAUCCCAGACCCUUUUUUUUUAUUAUUUUUUUUUUCCUUCCCUCCUUUCUCUGUAAGAGAACAAUGGUGCUGAUCCCUAGCGUCCUGCUGCUGCUUCUGGCUGGGAAGUUGCACUUUGCUGCUGCUGCGCUUUCUAACAGAACUGCAGAGACCGGCCGGGGCGAUCCACCUGCCUAUUAUAAACAUCACCGGGGCGAACACCAGAGGCGCAGCGGCAUCGUGCAGAAUAUCGACCAGAUUUACGCCGGCGGGGGUAAGGUGGGCUACAUUCUGUACGCGGAUGGGAAGAAGUUUCUCCUGGACUUGGAGAGGGACGAGCUGCUGCUGUCUCCCCACUUCAGCACCAAGUAUCUGGGACGCCUGCAUCCCCAGCAUCGCUUCCAGCGGCACUGCUUCUACAGGGGGACGGUGGAUUCCAGCCCCCAGUCUUUGGCCGUAUUCAACCUGUGCGGGGGUUUAGAUGGCUACUUUGCAGUCAAGCAUGCCCAUUACACCAUCAAGCCCCUGAUCAAGGGCACGGCAGGUGAAGGGCAUGUCUACAGCGAUGGCUCUGAGAGGGUCCUUCAUGCCUUCAUCAAGGAUCGCUUUAGUUUUGAGACUGUGCCCACCAGGGCCAGCUGUGAGACCCACGGCUUGAGGAAAAGGCUGCAUAAGCACGGCAAGGGGGCCACCAGGCACCCCCACCAACACCAGCAAACCCAGGAGAACCCCCAGAAAGCCAACCAGACCUCAGCUCCUUCUGAUCCCAACCUCAAGGAAACGCUUUUCCAGUCGACCGCACUAAAAAAACGCCAGCGGAGAUCCGUCUCCAAGUCCAGACAAGUGGAGCUGCUGCUGGUAGCGGACGAGUCCAUGGCCAAGAAGUACGGGAAGGACCUCCACCACUAUCUGUUGACUUUGGCUUCCAUCGCGUCGCGGCUGUACAGUCAUCCCAGCAUCGAAAACCAUAUCCGCUUGGCUGUGGUGAAGGUGGUGAUGCUGACAGACAAGGACAAGGGGCCAGAGGUGAGCAAGAACGCAGCCACCACCCUGAAGAACUUCUGCAAGUGGCAACAUCAGCACAACCAGCUGGAUGAUGAGCACGACCAGCACUACGAUGCGGCUAUUCUCUUCACCAGGGAGGAUUUAUGUGGGCAUCAUUCAUGUGAUACCUUGGGAAUGGCAGACGUUGGAACCAUAUGCUCACCGGAGCGCAGCUGUGCAGUAAUUGAGGAUGACGGCCUCCACGCAGCUUUCACUGUCGCUCACGAAAUUGGGCAUCUUCUUGGACUUUCCCAUGAUGACUCGAAGUUCUGCGAGGAGAACUUUGGCUCCCUGGAAGAUAAACGCCUUAUGUCAUCGGUUCUGACGAGCAUCGAUGCUUCUAAACCUUGGUCAAAGUGCACCUCGGCGACAAUCACUGAUUUCUUGGACGAUGGCCACGGAAACUGUUUACUGGAUCAACCUAGAAAUCAAAUCUUGGGACCAGAGGAGCUUCCUGGACAGAGCUAUGAUGCCAUCCGACAAUGCAAACUGGCCUUUGGGCCCACAUACACUGUAUGCCCUGGAAUGGAUGUGUGCUCGCGACUAUGGUGCGCAGUUGUACGGCAGGGACAGAUGGUGUGUUUAACUAAGAAACUCCCGGCAGUGGAAGGAACACCAUGCGGGAAAGGAAGAAUAUGCCUCCAUGGGAAAUGUGUGGACAAAAACAAAAAGAAAUAUUAUUCGGUUUCCAGCCACGGUAAUUGGGGCUCUUGGGGACCAUGGGGACAAUGCUCUCGCACAUGUGGAGGAGGAGUCCAGUUUGCAUAUCGCCACUGUAAUAACCCUGCCCCUAAGAACAGCGGAAAGUAUUGCAUAGGGAAGCGAGCCAUAUACCGUUCUUGCAAUGUUACCCCAUGCCCGUCUAAUGCUAAAUCUUUCCGGCAACAACAGUGUGAAGCAAGGAAUGGCUACCAAACUGAUGCUAAAGGCGUAAAGACGUUUGUUGAAUGGGUGCCAAAGUAUGCUGGAGUUCAGCCCGGAGAUGUGUGCAAGCUUAUCUGUCAAGCCAAAGGAACUGGGUAUUAUGUUGUUUUUUCACAAAAGGUAACUGACGGCACUGAAUGUAGACCUUACAGCAACUCGGUGUGUGUACGAGGGAAAUGUGUCCGUACGGGUUGCGAUGGAAUUAUAGGUUCCAAGCUCCAGUUUGAUAAAUGCGGGAUAUGUGGAGGCGACAAUUCCAGCUGCACAAAGGUCAUGGGCACCUUCACAACUAAAAGCAAAGGCUACACCGAUAUCGUUAAGAUUCCAGAAGGUGCGACGCACAUAAAAGUACGACAGUACAAGGCCAAAGACCAGACUAGAUUCACAGCUUAUUUGGCAUUAAAAAAGAAAUCCGGGGAAUAUAUCACCAAUGGGAAGUAUAUGAUAUCUACAUCAGAAACAAUCAUCGAAAUGAACGGUUUCGUUAUGAACUACAGCGGUUGGAGCCACGCUGAAGAUAUGCUUCAUUCCAUGGGACAUUCGUCCACUCAAGAGGUUUUGAUAGUCCAGAUCCUUGCCACUGAUCAGAGCAAGCCUCUUGACGUCCGUUAUAGUUUUUAUGUACCUUCAAAACAGGUUCCCAACACAAACAGUAUAAAUAACAUUAACAAUGUAGUCCCAAAGAUUUCCCAGCCGCAGUGGGUAACAGGACCGUGGCUUUCCUGUUCCAGAACAUGUGACACCGGCUGGCACACCAGGACUGUCCAGUGUCAAGAUGGGCAUGGAAAACUAGCUAAAGGGUGCCUCCUUUCUCAGAGACCAUCAGCAUUUAAACAGUGUUUGCUGAAGAAGUGUUAACCAAAGGACUUACAUUUGCUCUGGUUUUACUGUAGUGCUACGGUAUAUCUAUCUACACAGAUGUAGGCCAAGGCUUGGUUGAGGUUCUACCGAAAGAAAAUAUUCAUUGAGAUGAUAUAUGUGCACCAUGAAAUGGCAACACAACCUCAAAAUCAAAAACAGGUAGAACGUGACAUUUACUAAUGGAGGUUUCAAGGAGAAAGAUCUCCUUCUUAUGCCACCUACCUCUAGAAAGAACAACAAAAAAAAACCUUGAGGAACAUCUGUUCAUUUGUACUUGUGGAUGGCAUGCAGUAGGUUAUACUUGUGGUGAUUGUAAAUACUGUAUGUGUCAUAUUGUGUGCCAUGUUAUAUCACUCGCUUCUUUAUUUAAGCACAAGAUUGACCAAAGUAUUUCUGCAGCUGCUCUGACCAUUCCAUUACUUUCAGGGGCUACUGGAGAGAUUUACUGGAAAACAGCUACUGCUGUUCGUUAAUGGGUUCCUUCCCCCCCCCCCCCCCCCCAACAACGUUUAUGACAGCAGAUUUUCAUUUUAGAAAAUGUGAUGCCUUCUCUAUAGAGAACUUGCUCAACAAAAAUGUUACAAUCUUUGUCAAAGGUACACAGCUGUUUCUGUGGAAAGAUAUUUUUUUUAAACCCGGAGUGCUGUAAACAUCUGACAUUCUUUAUAUAUAAAUAUAUUUACUUUGGUAAUAUUUCUAGAGGUCUAUAAAACAAAAAAAACAAAAAAGAAAGGAAUAUUAUAUAAGAGUAAAGUAGUCUUCAGAGUUUCAGAUGGUUGCACACCGUAAAAAUGUGGUAUUCUUGGAACAGGUGCCCCAGGUCUAGUAACGCACAGCAACAAAUCAGAUGUUUGCUUUCAAACAGCAGUCCGGUAAAUGCUAGCUGCUGAUUGGCUACUAUAAGGUAUUAGAAUGGGAACAAACACUGCACUUGUUACAUUAUCCCCUUAAUAAAUUCACUAUGUUCCGGGUUGCAAAGGAACGUUGUAUAGUUGCGUUGUAUAGUGAACUAUAAGAGGCUUCCUGGGCUGUUGCGGUGUGUUUCUCUUUAAUAGACAAUGCUGUAGUGUAACUGUGGAUGAGGGCACAUACGUAUCAAUUAUGGGAUGCAAACUGUGAGUGCUGUUUUUGCUUUAUAGUAUGUACCCCAAAAUGCCUGGAUAUUCAAAGGCAAACCACACGGAGACUGUUUCUACACAGAGAGCAGCUAUUUUCAGAAUGUUCUAGACAA